AUGUUGGUAGUGAUAGCCUCAGCGUUCCACUGUUUUGCAUCGUCUGCAAUUCGUGGGGAGUGGAGUGGGGCGACAGGGGCCACAUGCGCAUGGACAUUCAGGGAGGGGAUGGCGUGUGUGGCAUCAACGUGCUGCCUGGCAUCUACCCCAUUGUCCAAAUUCUUACGCGAUGAACCCUGCGGUGUGGGCACGUGCGUGAAUGAUGGCAAGGGCGCCUACUCCUGCAUCUGCCCUCCCAACUACAUUAAGAGCACGACAGUUGACAACUCCUCCACCUGUGAUCCUUGUACCGCCAAUCUAGCCUCAAUCACUCAUAUGGCCCUCUUGACUGAUCAGUACAUUUGA